AUGUGUCACAAUGAAAACAAUAAUAAUAAAAAUAAUGAAUUAUAUCGAAAAAUUUCAAUAUAUGAAGAUGCAUUAGAAGAACAUCCAGAAAAAAUUGAAAUUUUUUCAAUAAAGGAAACAUUCUCUGAUACUAAAAUUGCAUUACAUCAUUUUAUGAAUAAUAAAUUUGAAUUAGCUGAAAAAAAAUUAGUAAAAUUUUCAGACAAGACUAUUUAUCAUUCAAUGGGAUUAAGCUCAAUACUAUUUAUCAAAGCUAUUAUGACAUGUGAGAGAAGAGAUUUAGAGAUUGCAUCUGAAUCAUGUAAAAAAACACUUAUUGUUAUAGAAAAUUUUCGCCCAAAAAAUAAAUCACUUAAUUUUUUUUCAUGGAUUGGUAAUCAACAACGUUUAUUAAGUGAUGAAGAAAUUCAUGCUGAAUUAUGUUAUGCUGAAACAUUAAUGAUAAAAGCUAUAUUAACUUUUUUUAUAGAUGAAACAUUAACAAGUUUUUUUAAAGGUGUUUUAAAAAUAAAUAAUUGUCAUUCAAUUUUUAGAAAUUGCUACAAAAUAAUAAAUGAAGAAGAAUGGAAAAAUAGAGAUAUUUUAAUAAGAGAACAAUUUGAAGCUGGAACAAGAGCUGGAAUUGGAAUGUUUAAUUUAAUUAUUUCUAUAAUGCCUCCUAAAAUUUAUAAGUUGUUAGAAUUUUGUGGUUUUAAUGGUAACAAAACAUUUGGAAUGGAGGAAUUAUUAAAAGCUUCAGAAAUGACAAAAACAUUAAGACAACCAUUGGUAUGUAUUUAUUUAUUGUCAUGGCAUUUGAUUGGAACAUUUAUACUUGAGAAUGGUAAUACUGAUAUAAAAUUAUGCGAAAAAUUAUUAAAACCACUUUUACAUGAUUAUCCUGAUGGUGCUAUAAUACUUUUUUUAAAAGGAAGAUAUUAUUUAAUUUGUGGUGACAUUGAUAAUGCUAUACAUUUUUAUAAUCGUAGUAUAAAAGUUCAAAAUACUUAUAAACAAUUUCAUCAUAUUUGCUAUUGGGAAUUAAUAUUUGCUUUUGCCUAUCUACGACAAUGGAGUAGAGCUGCACAUAAUACAAAAAUAUUAAUGGAUGAAUCAAAAUGGAGUAAAUGUGUUUAUACAUAUUUAAUGGCAAUUUUAAUUAAUGCUGAUAAAAUGGUUAAAAAAAAAAAAGAAACAGUUGAUAUAUUACUUAUAAAAGUUUCAAAAUUACGUUUAAGAAUAGCAGGAAAAAGUAUUCCUGUUGAAAAAUUUUGUGAAAAAAAAGCACAAAGAUAUUUAAAAACAGGUUCAUUACUAUUGGCACAAUAUGAAUUUUUAUAUUUUUGGCAUUCUUUUAAUAUUCUUUCAUCUAAUAAUAAAUUAAUUAAACCUAUUCUGGAAGAUAUUAUGGAACUGUCCGGAGAUAUUUCCCAAAAUGAUAAAGUUGAUAUUGAUGAUAAAUGUUUAUACUAUUUUUUAUUUGGUGUUUGUAAUAGAAUUCUAAAAAAUUAUAAUGAAGCUGAAAAAGCAUUUUAUUUUAUUUUAUCAAAAGAAUCUGAAUUGACGGAUCAUAUUUAUUUAGCACCAAAUGCCACAUAUGAAUUAGCGUUACUUAAAAAAUCUGUUGGUAAUAUUGAAAUUUGUAAGCAAUUAUUAAAAAAAGCUUUAUUAUAUCGUGGAUAUUUAUUAGAAACAAGAUUACAUUUAAAGAUUCAUAAUCUAGCAGGAAGAAUAGAAUAA